GCUGGCAUGAGGUUUUUCCUCCAGUAUGUGGGCUGUUUUUUUGCAUUUUUCUCUACUGGGCUGUUGAUAGUAUCUACAUGGACAGACUGCUGGAUGGUGAAUGCUGAUGAUUCCCUGGAGGUGAGUACAAAAUGCCGUGGCCUGUGGUGGGAAUGUGUCACAAACGUUUUUGAUGGGAUCCAAACUUGUGAUGAGUACGACUCCAUCUUUGCUGAACAUCCUGUGAAGCUGGUGCUGACCAGAGCCAUGAUGAUCACAGCAGAUAUCCUGUCAGGAUUUGGAUUUCUCUUCCUUGUGCUGGGACUGGACUGCGUGAAAUUCCUUCCCGAUGAACCGCUCAUCAAGCUGCGCAUCUGCCUGGUGUCUGGAGUUAUGUUGCUCAUUGCAGGUCUCCCAGGCAUUACUGGCUCGGUGUGGUAUGCUGUUGAUGUCUACGUGGAGCGCUCCUCUCUGGUCUUCCACAACGUGUUUCUGGGCAUCCAGUACAAGUUUGGCUGGUCGUGCUGGCUCGGCAUGGCAGGGUCUCUUGGCUGUUUCUUGUCUGGGGCCCUGCUCACCUGCUGCAUGUAUCUCUUCAGAGAGACCAGCUCUGGAAGACUCCAUUCCGCUUACUCCUUGAGGAAAGGCUAUUCCUCUGCUGGAACAAUUGUAACAAAUGUGCAUUUGCCAUCGUCUCAAACAGCAACUGCCAAGAUGUAUGCAGUGGACACAAGAGUGUGA